AUGCGUGUUUCAAUCCCGCCGGAGCUUGUCUCGAGCCUUGGUGCCUGCGAUCUCCGCGUAACAGUGCGCGGCGAAGGGAUCGAUAAGUAUCCAGGAGGUCCUGGCGCAGCCAAACAACAUGCGCGCAAAGUGGCCAUGAAGCUGGGAGUGUCCAGCGGCCUUAUCUACCUGGUUGGGAAACCAACCAUCAAUUGGGGGGAUUCCGACCAACCACAACCCUUUCGACAACGACGGUACUUCUACUAUCUUAGUGGAGCCGAUGAGCCGGACUGCUAUCUUACCUACGACAUCAACAAUGACUUACUGGUUCUUUAUGUCCCGGACUUCGACCUACACCGCGCAAUAUGGAUGGGGCCCACGUUGACCACAGAUGAGGCUGAACGGCGGUUUGACGUAGACAAAGUGCGCUACUAUGCUUCCCUACAGAGCGAUAUCCAGUCGUGGGUAGGGAAAUACAAUGAUGCCGCCCCAGUCUACAUCCUCCAUAGCUCUCAGCAGCCCCAAUUCUCUGUCCAGCAGCUUCACAUAGAUGAUCAGCGCUUGCUACCCGCAAUGGAUGCAGCGCGGGUGGUUAAAGAUGACUAUGAGCUUCGUAUGAUACGCCACGCCAACAAGAUAUCCGGGUUGGCCCAUCGCAAAGUGCUCGAGCAAAUCCACAAGAUGUCCAAUGAAGCCCAGAUCGAAGGCCUUUUCCUCGAUACCUGCGUAUCUCACGGAGCGAAGAACCAAGCAUACGAAAUCAUUGCUGGUUCGGGACCCAACGCAGCCACCCUCCACUAUGUGAAGAACAACGAGCCCCUCAAAGGACGACAGCUGGUCUGUCUGGACGCAGGUGCGGAGUGGGAGUGCUACGCAAGUGACGUGACCCGCACAUUUCCUUUGGCCGCCGAUUGGCCCAGUUCACACGCCCGCGACGUCUACCAAAUCGUGGAAGAGAUGCAGGAGCAGUGUAUCAAGCGCAUUAAGCCAGGUGUGCGGUUUCGCGACUUGCAGGUUCUUGCCCACGACAUAGCCAUUAGAGGCCUGCAGAAGCUAGGCGUCCUCAAACCGGGCACCGUGGAGGAGAUUCGUGUAUCGGGGGCGUCGGCCAUUUUCUUCCCUCACGGAUUGGGCCAUCACGUUGGACUGGAAGUCCACGACGUGUCCGAAAAGCCAAUCACGGGAAUGGGGCUGCCUAACAGACCUUGCAGACCUGACUUCAUCCCAGCCAUGAGCCAGUCGGUCCCCCUGCUCGAGGAGGGCAUGGUUGUCACCAUCGAGCCAGGCGUUUACUUCUCCAAGCUGGCUCUGGCGAAUUCUCGGAAAUUGCCUCAGGCGCGGUACAUCAACUUCGACGAGGCCGAAAAAUACAUUCCCAUUGGUGGCGUACGCAUUGAAGAUGAUAUCCUGGUCACUCGGACAGGGUAUGAGAAUCUGACGACGGCGCCGAAGGGCGACGAAAUGCUGGAGAUCAUCCGGCGCGGGAUCGACAAUUAG